GCAGCGGUGCGCUGAAGCGCGAGCGCAACCCUCCCAUAGAGACAAACUUUAUGCGCUUGGGUUUCUUCACUACAUUCAUAGGCACAAGAGGAAAGUGAAAUAUUAUUGGCCAGUGUUGUGAAGUUUUGAGGAUUUGAUUGUGAUAUGGAAUUAAUGCUGAGAGAGCAUUAGUUCUUACUUCUGGAAUAAUUCCACUGUUCUUUUUUUCGUCAUCAAUGCAAAACAGCGCUGCUUACCACCGCUGAUAGAUGAAGUGAUACAGGUAUGUGAAUCUGAAUGAAAACCCAUCAUGCUACUGAAGAUUCUUCCUCUGUUGGAAGUCAUUGUUGCAGUACUGUCCCUAUUCAAUCACACUAGUGCAGCAGAAGUCCAUGUCCGUGCAAAGAAAGGAGACACUGCUGUGUUGGCAUGCAGUCUUCCAGCCCUGGAUGAGGGCAGCUCUGCUCCUCAGCACGUCAUCGAGUGGGUGCAUCAGGACUAUGAUAUCCCCAUCCUCAUCCAGUUUGGAGUGCACGAUCCCAGAGUGCAUCCCAACUAUGACGGUCGAGUGUCACUCGUCAGGGGGACAUCACUGCAGGUGAGGGGGCUUCUCUUGGAGGAUGAAGGCUGGUAUGAGUGCAGAAUCCUCCCGCUAGACAAAACCACAGAUGAGGCUGGCAGCAACGGGAGCUGGACUCUACUCUCCGUUACAGCACCUCCUGUGUUUAUGGAGACCCCCCCUACUGGAGUUGAAGUGUUUGUAGGGAGAUCGGUAACCCUGAAGUGUGCAGCUCAGGGAAAUCCACGGCCUACAAUUACCUGGUCUAAAGAUGGACGACCAAUAAAACCUCAAAACAACGUAAAGAUCAUGAAUGGAAGUGUAUCUUUCCAUGCUGUAAGCAGAGAAACAUCAGGCCAUUAUCAGUGUGACGCCUCCAACACUGAAGGAAAUAUAUCUCACGUCACACUGCUCAAAGUCAUUGGCCCUCCAGUGAUCGUAAUUCCUCCAACCGACACUGUUCUCAACAUGUCCCAGGAUGCCAAGUUGAAGUGCCAGGCUGAGGCUGACCCCCCCAACAUGACCUAUGUGUGGCAAAGACAGGGAGAAGACAUUUACCACAUUGAGUCUCUGAAGUCACGUGUUAAGGUUAUAGUGGACGGUACACUUCUCAUAUCACGUUUGAUUCCAGAGGAUUCUGGGAACUACACCUGCAUGCCCACUAAUGGACUUCCUGACUCCCCUUCUGCCUCGGCCAACCUCACUGUGAAGCACCCAGCACAGGUGAUGAAGAUGGCCUCGUUGACCUUCCUCCCCACUGGCAUGAGGGGCGUCAUUGCGUGCCCCGUCAGAGCUGAACCACCAUUAUCACAUGUCGACUGGAUCAAAGAUGACAAACCACUUGAUUUAGGCAUUUAUCCUGGAUGGACACUGACUUCAGAAGGCUCUAUCAUUAUAGCAACAGCUAAUGAUGAUGCUGCAGGUGUAUACAUGUGCACUGCCUACAAUAGCUUUGGGACAAUGGGCCAGUCUGAGCCCACUACUGUUAUACUACAGGAUCCUCCAUCAUUUAAAGUAUCACCUCGUAAAGAGUACAGACAGGAUAUUGGUAGGAUGCUUGUUAUUCCAUGUCAGAUGGAUGGUAAUCCGGCUCCAAAAGUCAGCUGGAAAAAGAUUGGCAUAGCCCCUCGCUCACUGUUCAUUCUGGCAGUGAAUGGCUCCCUCAUUCUGCAUCCUCUCAGUAAAGACCACCAGGGGGAAUGGGAGUGCAGUUCCACCAACCGAGUGGCCACUGUAUCCGUCAGAACAACAGUCCAUGUGCUCGGUACAAGUCCACAUGCAGUGUCAUCAGUAUCUGUGAUCCCAGGAAUUAACCAGGCCAAUGUCUCCUGGGUGGCUGGCUUUGAUGGAGGAUAUGCCCAGAAAUUUACUGUCUGGUAUAAGCAGGUGUCAGGAGAAAGGAAAGAGGAAAAGCAAGAGUGGCUGCCUUUCUCAGACCUCUCCACUGAAAAAAGUCUGUUGGUCACCAAUCUUCUUCCUUCCACUGAGUACCAGUUCAGUGUUGUAGCCCAAAAUAAAAUUGGCACUGGGCCCUUCAGUGAGAUCACCACCAUCACAACUCUGGAUGCACUUCCUGUUGUGGCCAAGCUGGUACCACCUACAAAUCUCUCAAUCAAUAAGAGUUCAGAGGGAAUUCUUUUGUGGUGGUCAGUGCCCAAGGCCCAGUCUCCACCCAUUGACAGUUUUGUCGUACAGUCACGCCUUGAAGGAGGGGAAUGGAUUAAUCUGAAAGAGAACAUUAGUCCAGUUGAAAGUCAAAUCUUUCUUCCAGGGUUAUGUAAGGACUGCAAGUAUGAACUGAGGCUUCUCUCUCAAUGUGGAGAUCAGCUGAGCAUGCCCAGUCCAUCAAUCAAUGUCUCCACCAUUGGAAUUAAUAAGCACCCAGCCAGUUCCCGCCUCCUAGACUUUCCUGACCAGCUAAUGGCUGGCGUUAUGGGUGGAGUAGGACUCCUUUGUCUUGCUCUUAUCCUGACCCUGGCAAUUGUCUGUUUCAUUUUUAACAAAAGGAACCGAAGGCGCAGGCAGAAUAUCAAGGAUCUCCCCCCUGCAAUAAAUAAGAACCCUUCUGAAAACAGCCCUGACAACACCCUAAACCAAAGGCUCCUACCAGCUCGUCCACUCUCCUACACUUCCUCUUCUUCCAAUCACUCCUCAAAUGGAAAGUCUAGUCACAGUGAUUUUCCUGCCCAGCAGCAACAUCUCCUGCCUCAAGCUAGCAUUCCAUCCCACCAUUCCCUCCCUGAGAGCCAUCUCCAAUGGACAUCACUUUCCCCUGUGUCUUCUGUCGAGUUCAUCCACAGAGGCUCUGAUGGACGCUUUAUUGUUGAUCCUUGUGAAGACACCAAUAUUGUCAGUUCUCAGAUCAAAAGGAACUCAUGUCAAAACUCCCAUCAGUCAUCAGAUGGGAACAGGGACUUCAGAAUCCAGAAAUCCCAGUCUUUGAGAUCCUACAGGGAUGAAAGAAAAAAGCUACCCUUUGUCCUUUCAGUUGAUCUUCCACCUUUCGGAUCAGAUAUCCCUUCUUCCAGCAGAACACGAGCUAUGGCUAAGCACCUAUCGUUGAAUGGCUGUUACAUACCCAUUCGGGAGCAAGAGUUCUUGGAUGGACCAGACCAAACAAGUCUCUCGUCAGUUAGCAUUGGCUCUUUUCUCUAUCCUCAUUCAGAAAGUACUAUGGGUCGACAAUCUCUGAAACAAGGUACCAAACACUCUACAGCCAGUACCCUGGUUUUGCAGAUGGAGCAUGAGAGGGAACAAGGAAACCUAAGUCGCUGUUUAACUUUAGCUCGUGAGAGAAAGGAGCUUGAAAGGGAACUGCGCAAGUACACUAUUGAUGAAACUCCAUAUAGUCAUGAACAGACAGAUGAUGAGUCUGGACAAAUCUGGAAAAUUCGAGAAACCUCAACACCUCAGGGUAACUACCAAGCCACUAGACACAGCCUUUUAUCUGAAAAUGACAGCAUGUUGAAGGGAAGAGCUGCCUCUUGCAUUCCAUGGGAAGAAAGACACAAGAUUUCUUUAGCAAGCUUGGUGCCCCUACAUACCUCUCAUGGAAAGGAUACCAAGAAUAGGCAGAAUCAGCAAGGUUACUAUUCCAUCCAGAGAUCCAACUACCAAAGGUCUCGUAGUCUAGACAGAGGGGAACACCAAAAAUCACAAACAUGGGACCGAAGACGAAGCAGAACUCCUGUUGAGUCAAGUCUUGGUCAUGUAAUGGAUGAACCUUUAAUCUACAAAUUGGAAAAGACCCAAACUGAUGUAAGUCAUAGAGGCCAGAGAACCUCAAGUAGAAGUCAAAAUUAUUUUGACCCAUGUAUUUAUUCAUCCUCAGAUGAUCAGCAGAGGCUGACCAUAGAAGGAAUCACUAGACAGAUAAAUCCAACUAGUGUUUAUUCAGAGAUGAGUGUAGAUGGACCUGGUCUUGAGUGCCAGUCUCCUUAUUCAAGGUCUAUGCUGGGCACUAAUCACAGCUAUGAGACUCUAGAUUAUGACAGACCCAGAUUAUCAGAUCUUGAAAAUGACAGAUCAGUAGAGUCAGGACAUAUGAGUUUAAGAAAGCACAAUUGGUCGAGCAAAACUGUAUCUCAAAUGAAUGUUUCUGGAACAAUGCCUCGGAAGACAAAGAGUCUGGGGUCAAACAAUUGGAAUCGGCACAAGAGCACCCAAAGUUUAGAUUCAAAAUUAUACAAGGACCACUUUUUGACCCCUAAUGCCUGGAUAGACUCGCUGACACUUGGACGAGAUUCUAAAAUGUCCCCCUUAGCGUGCAGACCCAACUCUGUGGAAGAUAAGCCUAAAAGUAGUCCCAGUUUGCGAACAGAUUCAUCUUUGCCUUUAGAAAGUCAAACACAAGACACCAAUCAACAGUGCUCUAAGACCUAUGAUGGCUCAAAAUCCUGCAAUAACCUAGUGUCGGGAAAUAGAACUCAUGCUGCCUUAUCAAUAGGGGGUUCUAGCUGGCCUCAGCCUUAUUGCCCCUCUCUACCAGCCUUGCCAUCUGGAAGACAGAGCCAAAGCCAAGAGAGGGAGAAAGAGGAGGAAGACGAAGAUGGGCAGGAGGUGGAUGUGGAAAUUAACAGAUACAGGAAGAGUUCAGAGACAGAGGGAAGUUACCGAAGUUAUGCAAGCCAAAGCAGUGGUAGAGGCAGCAUGGAUGCCCCUAACAAUAGACAGUUCUCUCUCAGCCCCCCUCUCACAAGUUCUCCAGAGACAACAGAGGACAGUGACAGAGACGAGGCAGUUCUACAGGAUCCUGAACAGCAUGAAAGAUCUAAAAGAGGCUCUGUGGAUGAGAGUUAUGAGUGGGACUCUGCUUACGUCCCAAUGCAUCCUGUGGACCCCAAUGUGUCAAUGAGCAAGGCAGGUCUUCACAGUCAAUUGAAGAAGAUCAGCACUACAAAAGAUUAUGGCAGGCCAGAUUUAGACCUGAAACAAAAAGGUCUUUACCCUCCGGCUGGUUGGAAGGAAUCUGUGCCACUUUUUGAACUUCCUAGUAUUCUUCCUUCUCACUUUGAGCAAGAAUCACUUCUUGCCCAGGAGAUUCGGAAGAGCUUCACAUCACUCCCAGACCCAGAACCCGACACUGUGCUUUUUUGAUUAAGGACAAUUGGACACAGCAUGGUUCCCAUCAACACACAUCUGAAUGGUCAGGAUGAGAAGGGACACUAGGGUUCACAAUUAAUUGGACAUCUGUGGGCCACUCAAGCACAAGAACACACAGUCAUCUGGCCAACUAAUGGAAAUGACAUUACCUAAUGGAUGGGCCAAAGCACAGUGAAGAGAACUGUCAUUUAAAGAGCUUACAUUAUGUGCUGGAGAUGCAAAUCAAAAAGGGAAUAAAUAAUACAGGGCUUUGCUCUAUGCAUCCUGCUGUUGAAACUGAAUUUUAAAUAAAAAUGUUAAAGCUGUCUUAAUGUUGAUUUUUGCAAAGACUUUUGAUUAUUCUGUAAUCCCUAUUUUGACAGUAAGUGCACAUUAUAAUUUUGAAACCUCAUCAAAGCUCUUUUAUGCCAUGGUUACAGGAAUGCUUUUUUUUAUGUGAAAAAGGACGUUGAAAUAAAGUAUAAUUUGUUAAGCUGUCAAGUGAAUUUGAGUUACAUUUAAAAUCCUCUAUAAAUCUUGUCAGACAUUUCAAUGAAAAUUUGUGAUUGAAGUACUGCUUUGGCAGCAACUUCAGUUUCCUUGACAAUCAUUGGUCCUCCCUACUCAUUCAUACCGACCUCAUACACGCUACAAUCCCAAAUGACACCAUUAAUGUAAAUUUCACACUGUCAUUCACAUGGAGAAAAACCACUGCAUAGUGAUCAGUAUGCAGUGCAUCAUUUAGUCCUGACAGACUGAUCGGUUUAACCCUUUCAAGAUAAAAACCUCUAGUAAAAUGUUUUGUAUUGAAGUUUCGAAUGUUUUUCUUUUCACUUUUGUUAAUGGUGUGUGAGCUUCUUGUUUAAGAGUUUGUAAUGUUGCUGAGCGAUUCUCAUCCAAAGUAGCACUUUUUUUGUGUGUUUUAAUGAGCCGUAGUGUCUGACAAUGACGUUUGAGUCAUUUAAUGAGAAAAGAAAAUGUGUUAAAUUGGAUGAUUAUUUGCAUCAGUGUACUUUUUCAGGAAGAAUAUAAUAAACAGAUACUCUUUCAGAGUGCAACUGGAAGGAAAUGAAUUAAAUCACUGCAGGUCAUGAGAGUUAAUUACGUAUCACGUAUUGGCUGAGCUUGACAAUACAGAGUUACUGUAAGUGAACUAACAGAGCUUAACUGUUUACAAUUAAACCAAACAUUUCACAGUUCAAAUUAUUUUCUUUUAAUAAUUAUAAAAAAAAAAAAACAUUCAAGCAAUUCAGAUUGAACUAUAUGGUUGUUUUAUUGGUUCCGAAGGCUAAAAACACUAUAACUGCACUGUGACAAAUUCCACUAUUCUUUAUUUUCUGUCAGUAUGAAAUAUACUUUAUAUAUUGCCUACCGCAAAUUCACUGAAUGUAUAAUCUUUGCAAAUAUGUGUAUAUGUAAUUGUUAUAUUUUAGCUUUUUAAUCAAAGCCUAUUCACACAAGACUGUACAAAUAAAUUCCCUUUUCCUAGUA